AUACCCAAUACCGUCGUAUAUUAAUUAAUUUAAUGCUUGAGUCAGUUACUUAUUUAGCACAGUACACAGUCUUAUUUGUAUAUCUCGUUUCGGUUUAUAAACGCAACGACGCGUUUUUGUUGACGACGACGCGGAACCUUAUAUUGAAGGUUUCUAUUUUUUUUUUUAUUUAACGAAAUCAGCCGCAAUGGCGGAGGUAGCUGCGGCAGCCGUUGGAGCUGGUCCCGAUGUAAACACAGCUGGAAACCCGACAGAACACGCCAUGGCGUACUUACAGGACGAGAAGACUGAUGGAGACAUCGCCAACCUCAACCUGGGAGAACUGGACCUCACCACUGAUGACUUUAUCUUGGAUGAAGUGGACAUCCACAUCCAGGCCAAUCUGGAAGAUGAUCUCGUGAAGGAGGCGCUCAAAACGGGCGUUGACCUCCGUCAGUACUCCAAGCAGGUGGAGUCGGAGCUGCAGAGGAUCGAGCAGGUCUCCAUCAAAGACUACAUCAAGGAGAGUCAGAACAUCGCUCUUCUGCACAACCAGAUCACCGCCUGUGACUCCAUACUGGAGCGUAUGGAGGGCAUGCUGAGCGGCUUCCAGAGCGACCUGUCCUCCAUCAGCAGUGAGAUCCAGACCCUGCAGCAGCAGUCGGUCAGCAUGAACGUCCGGCUGAAGAACAGGCAGGCGGUGCGCAGCCACCUCAGCCAGCUGGUGGACGAACUGGUGGUGCCCGGAGUCAUGAUCUCCACCAUCCUGGACAGCCCUGUGACGGAGCAGGAGUUUCUGGAGCAGCUCCACGAGCUCAACAACAAGAUCAACUUCGCCAAAGAGCUGAGCUUCAGAGAGACGCUGGCCUGCUCCGACAUCCAGGACAUCGUCGACCGCCUCAAACUCAAGGCGGUGUCAAAGAUUCGAGAGUUCAUUCUUCAGAAGAUCUACUCGUUCAGGAAGCCGAUGACAAACUACCAGAUCCCACAGAACACCCUGCUGAAGUACAGAUUUUUCUACCAGUUCCUUUUGGCCAAUGAGAGAACGGUUGCAAAGGAGAUCAGAGACGAGUACGUGGACACGAUGAGCAAGAUAUACUACAGUUACUUCAAGUCGUACAGCAGCCGGCUGCUCAAAGUGCAGUACGAGGAGGUCGCAGACAAAGAUGACCUGAUGGGAGUAGAGGACACAGCCAAGAAAAGUUUCUUCUCCAAGCCGUCUCUGAAGAGCAGGAACACCAUCUUCACUCUGGGCCAGAGGGGGGGCAUCCUGAGUCCCACGGAGCUGGAGGGGCCGAUCCUGGUCCCACACACGGCUCAGAGAGGAGACAGCAGGUAUCCCUAUGAGACGCUGUUCCGCAGCCAGCACUACGCUCUGCUGGACAACGGCUGCAGGGAGUACCUCUUCCUCUCCGACUUCUUCAUGGUGACGGGAAACUCCGCCCUCGACCUCUUCAACAGCAUCAUGGGGAAGACCCUCAGCAUGUUCCUGAAGAGCAUGUCCACGUAUGUGUCCGACUGCUACGACAGCAUCGCCGUCUUCCUCUGCAUCCACAUCAUCCUGCGGUUCCGAGCCAUCACCGCCAAGAGGGCCAUCCCCGCUCUCGACAAGUACUGGGAGGCCGUGUUGGAGCUGCUGUGGCCGAGAUUCGAACUGAUUCUGGAGAUGAACAUCCACAGCAUCAGAAACACAGACCCUCAGAAACUAGGAGUACUGGACACCAGACCCCACUACAUCACUCGUCGCUACGCAGAGUUCUCGUCGGCCAUCGUCAGCAUCAACCAGACGUUUCCCAACGAGAGAACCCACACUCUGCUGGGGCAGCUGCAGGUCGAGGUGGAAAACUUUGUGCUAAAGAUGGCGGCGGAGUUUCCCUCCAGAAGAGACCAGCUCAUCUUCCUCAUCAACAACUACGACAUGUUGCUCAGCGUCCUCAUGGAGAGGGCAGCAGACGACAGUAAAGAGGUGGAAGGUUUCCAACAGCUGCUCCUGGCCCGGACACAGGAGUUUAUUGAGGAGCUUCUGUCCCCCCCCUUCGGAGGGAUGAUCGCCUUCGUGAAGGAGGCCGAGGCUCUGAUGGAGAAAGGGCAGCUGGACCGGCUAAAGAACGAAGAAGCUCGGAUCACGCAGCUGGUUCGCGGGUUUUCCAGCACGUGGAAGCAGUCGGUGGAGUCGAUGAGUCAGGACGUCAUGAGGUCCUUCACCAACUUCAAAAAUGGAACCAGCAUCAUACAGGGCGCUCUGACCCAGCUGAUCCAGUACUACCACGGCUUCCACAAAGUCCUGAACCAGCCGACGUUCCGCAGCCUGGCGGUCCGCUCGGAGCUCAUCAACCUGCACCACCUCAUGGUGGAGGUGAAGAAGCACAAGCCCAACUUCUGAAGGGGCGGGAACCC